CUUUUCAAAUAGCGCGAUCUCUCCACAGUCCGACCAGUGCACGAAGUGAACCCACCAGAAGUUCCUCUGCGUCAGAGGAGGAGGAGGAGGAGCGGCCAAAGGAGGGAUCUUUUUGGAGUCGACAUGAUCGGUCGCAUCCGGAAUGGCUCGUUCGGUUUUGGUUGAGGAGGAAUCGGAUCGAUUGACUGAAAGGAACCAUAAAAGUUCGCUUCUUGGCUUCUCCUCUUCCUCUGACGCCCUUCGAAAUGGAGUUUGAAGUGAUCCGGGGGCUGGUCCAUGCAUGAAGGGCUACAGCGAAAGUGCUUCUUUCUGAUGAGCAAGUCUCCAUUGGCAGAACGUAGCACCGAAAUAUAUCUGGGGACAUCUCCUUUGGCAUUUACUUAGCACCUUUUCUAGUUGAAGCAUUCACUAUAAGCAAAUUAGGAUUUGAAGGACUUUUCAGAAUAGGUAUAUGUAUGGUUACUCUCCUGUAGGGCAAAUCUCCUUUGGCAGAAAGUCCUUUCCGGCAAUUCUCCCUUGGCAAGAAAUAGUUUUCUGCAGUUGGGCAAUUCUCCUUUGGCAUCUGAUUGACAGUUUUUAGCUCUCUCGGGCAAAUCUCCUUUGGCAAGUGGUUGUGUCACUUCAUUUGCUUGGAAAUAUCUCCUCUAGCUGCUGAUUCAACAACUUUCUUAAGUUACUGGGCAAAUCCCCUUUGGCAAUAGAAUUGGUUGCAGUGAAGCUCCUGCAUCAAUUUAUCUACCUCUUUUUCAGCCAUUAGCUUUCUGGCUUAAGAAUCUCUUUUAGUUGAUAUCAUUCAUUGAAGAUCAAAACAUAUUCACAAUUUUUGGGUACUUGGUUAUCAACCUUGGUUUGUGAAGGAGAACAAAGUAAAAGGUACUUGAAACUAUGGAUGUACUUGUCAUAGACUCAGAUAGUGAAAUCUAUUCCGAAAUCAGUGACAGUGAAGACUUAGAUGAAAGUGAAUCAACAUAUGGGGGACACGCUCAGAUUAUCCUGUCGAGCCUCGAUGAGAGUAUUGAUAAAAUUGAUGAUUUCCUUACGUUUGAAAGAGGCUUUGUUCAUGGUGAUGCUGUCUGUUAUAUAACAGAUCCCUCAGGGCAGUUGGGUCGGGUUGUGGAUGUUGAUAUGGUUGUAGAAUUGGAGACAAUUUCUGGUGGAUUGAUCAAGGAAAUAAACAGCAAAAGACUUAACAGGUUCAGAUCAUUUGAUAUUGGUGAUUAUGUAGCCCAUGGUCCAUGGAUUGGAAGGGUUGAGCAAGUAUUUGAUAUGGUUACUGUUCUCUUUGAUGGCGGGGAAAAGAAUGAAAUUUUAGUCAGAGAUUCUGUUGAUUUGGUUCCUCUCUCUCCAAGACUUGAAGAUUCACCAUUUGAGUACUAUCCAGGACAACGUGUAAAGGUCAAAAUUCCACAUGAUUCAAAAUUUCCAUUGUGGUUGUGUGGUUUAAAGGAGAACCAAGAGGAAGGCACUGUCUUCCAAGUGGAAGUAGGACUAAUGUGUGUUAAUUGGAUUUGUUCUGUCAUUAUUGGACAGAACAUUCUUUCAUCAACUCCGGCUCGUUUCCAAUCUCCGAAUGAUCUCACUCUCUUAUCAUAUUUUUUGCAUGCUAAUUGGCAAAUUGGGGAUUGGUGUAAACUUCCAUUUGAUUAUACCCAAAAUCUUCAAGAGAGUGCAGAAGCUAAACAACCUCUCCAAAUAGCACCAAUAUAUUCCAUGGAAAUGCAGAAGAAAAUCGAAAUGAGAAGUCAAGAGAUUUACUUGAUCACAAAAACAAAAAGGAAAGUUGACAUCUUGUGGCAAAAUGGAGAAAAAUCUGUUGGUAUAGAUCCACAAAUGUUGUCACCUGUAAACAAUAUAUGUGAUCAUGAUUUUUGGCCAGAACAGUUUGUGAUGGAGAAGUUGACACCAGAAGAUGUUUGUGCUCCAAGGAUCCAAAGGUUUGGCAUUGUAAAAAGUGUGGACUCAUAUGAGUGUACAGUUAAGGUAGAAUGGAUAGUACCUGAGGUUAAACAAACAGUUGAUUGCAUUCGUGGAUCCACCGAAGAGAUGGUGAGUUCUUAUGAACUGAUUGAACAUCCAGAUUUCUCAUAUUGCAUUGGUGACAUUGUGGUUAGAUAUAUUUCUCAUGUUGAGAUGGUGAAUGAAAAUCUUAGAGAUAUGCAGUGCAAAGACCUGGUAGCUAGGCAAAGCAAUUACCCAGGAAACAAUUCUUUAGCAUGUGAAGAAACUCUUGGACAGCACACCGAUGAUAGCCAUAGAGAUUUUUUUCAAAGUUGCUUAUCAUGCAUAGGAACUGUUAUUGGUUACAAAGAUGGAUGUGUUGAAGUGAGAUGGGCUAGUGGUUAUGUCUCCAAGGUUCCACCAUAUGAAAUUUUUGGACUGGAUAAGAUUUCAACUCCUGCAACGCUGUCAUCUAAUGAGGAAUCUUCUUCUUCAACUAUCAGCAAGGGUACUGCUGAUCAGCAGAAACUACUAUCAAACAAGACGGAAAUGAUUUUUGAGAAUGAAGAUUGUGCAACAAAGUCAUUGAAAUCUGUCAAGUGUUUGUUUCCUGGGGCGGCAGUUGGGUUUCUAACACAUGCUGCCAGAAAUUUCUUUAGCUUUUCGGGUUCAGAUUCUCUGGGUGUCUCAAGCGGAGAAGACUAUCAAUGCCAACUUUCGAAUAAAGAACUUCAAUUUGACCUAAAAAAGAGUCAAAUGGAAGUUCUGGCUCAAGAAGCAGGACCGUCCAAACAGAAUGACGAACUAAGUAUUUUACCUGGAGAAGUUAGACCAAUGGACUUCAACAAAUUUGAUAUGGUCAAUGAUUUCUCUGAUCAUCAUUUUAACAAUGGAAUUGGCAAUGGUUCAAUGCUGUCCCAGGCUAAAAGAGGCUGGUGCAAGAAAGUACAGCAAGAAUGGAAUAUCCUCAAAAAGGAUUUGCCAGAUACUAUCUUCGUUAGGGUUUAUGAGGAAAGAAUGGAUCUUUUGAGAGCAGUCAUUGUUGGAGCCCCUGGAACUCCAUAUCACGAUGGACUAUUCUUCUUUGAUAUUUUCUUCCCUCCAGAUUAUCCUCAUGACCCCCCUGCUGUUCACUAUAAGUCCUGUGGCCUGAGGUUAAACCCCAACUUGUAUGAAUCAGGAAAGGUUUGUCUGAGCCUUCUGAAUACAUGGACGGGUACAGGUACCGAAGUGUGGAAUCCUGAAAACUCCACCAUUCUUCAAGUUCUGCUAUCCCUUCAGGCCCUCGUCCUGAAUGAGAAACCAUAUUUCAACGAGGCUGGAUACGAUGAAGAGAUUGGAAAAGUCGGGGCCGAGAAAAACUCAAUCACAUACAACGAGAACGCAUUCCUGCAGUCAUGCAAGUCGAUGCUAUACACGCUGCGCAGGCCACCUAAGCAUUUCAAAGCAUUUGUAGAAGAGCACUUUGCUAAAAGAUCACAUCAAAUCCUUAUUGCUUGCAAGGCAUAUCUAGAAGGCGCGGAGGUUGGACAUGCUUUCGAUCGGGAAAUGGUGUCUGAAGGUCGCAGAAGUUGCUCCACUGGGUUUAAGAUCAUGCUUGCUAAACUUCUCCCAGAACUCGUAUCCGCCUUCGGUGAAAUGGGGACCGAUUGCACUCCCUUCCUCAACCAAGGGAAUGAAUGACCCAAGAGAGGAUUUCGAAUAGCUUGGUGUUCUUGUAAUUAAGUUUCAGUGAUGUGUCUCGACGACUUGUAGUGUUAUGUUGCCGCUGCAACUCGUACAAUCUUGUAAUAUAUUGUGGUGUUGGCUAAAUGUGCUGGACUUCCGUUGGUAAUUGCUUUGUUUAGU